AUGUGUUCUGUAGGAAAGAAAAUGGGUGACCCAUGUCACAAGCUCACGUUUUCGAGAAAGGUUGGAAGUAAAAGGCUGGAUUCAAUCGAUUGUGAUGUAAGAGAACUGAUAUUUUGGAGGUCUGGGUUGUCAUUGAUUAACAAAGAUGCUGAUAUCUGUUUGCAUCACGAGCAGCUGCUAAUCAAAAGGUACUCUCUUGCGCAAAAAACUUGCUGCAAUCCUUUCCAGAUACAUAAGAAGGCAGCAAAAGGUGGUCUCAAGGAGAUCAAAUUGUCAAAUGCAAAGGAUUUGGUAACCAGAGGAUUUGAUGUCGUUCCUGGCCAAAAGCUUUGCCCCUCUUGUACAAUUCGAAUGAAUGAGACAAAGAACGAUCCUAUCCAUGCAGCUGAACCCGAUGAAGCGUUUGAGGAAGAUUUUGAUAAAGGGUCAUUCCAUGUCAAAGAGGGACAAAAUAAGCAACUUUGUCACCCAUCCCCUCAGAAUUGGCUGAUUUUUUGUGUAAAUAUGGGUAAAUAUGGAAUAAACACAAAUUGA